GGCAGCAGUGGAAUUGUAAUAAAUAACACGAUCACUGGUUCCAAGCUAAUGUUAUCGUAAAUGACAAUGGAUUCGCAAGAACCGUGCUUUUCAGGGGCAAUUACAAUGGAUAUGCAAGAACCGUGCUUUUCAGGGACAUUGAGUGGUUUACAGAAUGACGAAACGGAUAAUUCGAAUAUUGAUGAGAUUGUUUCUGUGACUCCAGAGGAAGAAGGAAACGGAAAUAAUUCGUCAGCUAGAAAUAAUGACGUUGAGGCAUCAAUUGAAGAUGCUGUUGAGAGACUUAACGACGAUAAGAAGAAAAGUCGGAUGGGGAGGUGUAUUAAUGGUGUUCAUAGAUGGUAUUAUUACAUACUUGCCUUUAUUUCAUUCCUGAUAUAUUUUCUGAUUGUUCCUUUUGCUAAAAUAAUAACCGGUGCUAGGUGUUUAGGUGAGCUUGAAGGCGAUAAUCGUUUGCCUUCACUCUUAAUAGCCGGGGGAGUACUGAUGAUUGUUAGGACAAUUCUUGAUAUAAUAAUCGAGACUAAAGUGAUUGAAUCACAUUCUGUUUUACGUAGUCUAGCGGUGCUUUUUCGUACUAUAUUUACUACUAUCUUGGUAACGUUUUACGUAUAUGUUCGUAGAUCUGUGGAAACGUUUCCGUCCGGACCACCACAUUGCGAAAUCAUACGUGAUAUGUUCUCAUUUAGCCCAAUAACCGAUGGACUGCGUUUAGUGUGCUUCAAUUUGUGCUAUAAUAACAUAUUUUACAAAUUCUUCCCUUGGCUAUUCGUCCGUGUUUCUAAGUGGUUUAGGGAACGUCUUCGUUAUUGUAAUAAUCCACAAGAACAGAGCGAUUCGACGAGCCUUCCUCUCAGUCAGCCACAAGAACAGAGCGCUUCGACGAGCCUUCCUCUCAGUCAGCCACAAGAACAGAGCGCUUCGACGAGCCGUUCUCUCAGUCAACCAGAGGCAGUGAGCGCUUCCACGAGCCUUUCUUCCAUUCAACCAGAGGCAGAGAGCGCUUCCACGAGCCAUCCUCUCAAUCAACCAGAGGCAGAGAGCGCUUCCACGAGCCUUCCUCCCAUUCAACUAGAAGAACAGAGUGCUUCGACGAGCCGUUCUCCCAGUCAACCACGAACAAAGAAUACCUCGACGAGACGAUUUCUAUUAGAAACUAGAUUGUAAAAUUUUAGUAAUUCUUACUUUUUUUUUAAUUAAUGGCGACUUUUGGAAAAUUAAUGGCCUCUUAAAGCUCGUCGUAUUUAGUUCUGAAAAUUGGAUCCGUUUAAACUCAUUUUGGUUAUAUAUAUUUUUAUAUAAGCAACGUGUGCUACGCUUUUAUGGAAGUUUUUAAGAGUGAUAUCUGAUUUGUAUAGAUAUUGUAUUUUACGUAAUUUCUAUGCUCUUCGACGAAUAAAAGUUUUUUAAUGCUUUAUUUUAUGGUGGCUUUAUUAUUUUUAGAGAGAUUAGGGAAGCUUUCUUGCUUCUGCACCGGAAUCACUAACUUACGAGG